UUGGCCCGGGAGGGGCCCCGCUGCAGCCAUGGAGCCCGGCGAGGUCAAGGACCGCAUCCUGCACAACAUCUCCCUCUCCGUCAAGAAGUUGCAGAGUUACUUCGCAGCGUGUGAAGACGAGACACCGGCCAUCCGAAACCACGACAAAGUCCUGCAGCGCCUUUGCGAGCACAUUGACCAUGCUCUGCUGUACGGGCUGCAAGAUCUCCCAUCGGGCUACUGGGUCUUGGUGGUCCACUUCACCCGCAGAGAAGCCGUCGAGCAGAUCGAGCUGCUGCAGCACGUGACGACCAACCUGGGACGCAGCCGAGCGUGGCUGUACUUGGCCCUCAACGAGAACUCCCUGGAGAGCUACCUGCGCCUGUUCCAGGAGAACUUGAGCCUGCUGCACAAGCACUACGUCAAGAACGCCCUGGUCUGCAGCCAGGACCAUCUGACCCUCUUCCUCACGCUGGUCUCUGGCCUGGAGUUUAUCCGCUUUGACCUGGAUCUGGACGCCCCCUACUUGGACCUGGCCCCCUACAUGCCGGACUACUACAAGCCGCAGUACUUGCUGGACUUCGAGGACCGCCUGCCCUGCUGUGCCCGCGGCUCAGACAGCCUCUCCCUCAACUCCUUCAAUUCCGUCACCUCCACCAACCUGGAGUGGGAUGACAGUGCCAUUGCGCCCUCCAGCGAGGAUUAUGAUUUUGGAGAUGUCUUUCCCGCAGUGCCAUCCCUGCCCACCUCAGCCUGGGAAGAUGGAGACCUGACAGACACCCUCAGCUGCCCCCCCAAGAGCCCGACCCAGCGCUACAACCCCUUCAACAAGAAGGCCGAAGCCCCGUCCUCCGCGGAGACCACCCCCGUGCACCACCCGGCCUGCCAGGAGAGGGCGGACCCCGUGGCCGAGGGCACAGACCAGGCGGAGAGUUGCCCUGAGCUGGAGGUCAUCAGGCUGGCGAAAAAGAAGAAGGCCGGCAAGAAGAAGAAGAGCAAGUUGGAGGAGGGGGUGGCGGCCGGAGGAGGAGGCGGGGGCCCCCCGGCUGAGCAGCAGGACCCUCCCCAGGCCAGGCUGGAGGCGGCCAGCGAGCCCCCGGCACUCAGGCAGCUGGGGCUGCGCAUCCCCGCCAUGAAGGACACGUCGAUGGAGCAGGUGGGACAGUCACUCAGCAAGGUGAUCGACACGCUGGACGGGCAUCUGGACCCCAGGAGGUGGGGCCGCUCCAUCGAGCUCCCUGACCAGUCCUUUCGGACCGAGACACCAGAGGGGCCCCCCCUGGAGGCCCCCCCCUCUGGUGGCUUUAGCGAGGGGGUUCCAUCCCCCAUGCUCUUCUACCGCUUUGCCCUUGAGAGUCCAAACACUCCUGCACCAGGUGGUGGCCACCAUGACCCUGCAGGGCAUGGCCAACCGGCACAUGUUCUUGGUGGCCCUGAGGCUGCUGGGCAAGAGGACGAGGAGGAGGGACGAGGAGGAGCAGGCGAGCAAGAGGCUCCUGGGCCGCUGACGGCCUCCUCGCAGCAGCAGGAGGAAGCAGCAGCUGCCAGCCUGGAGGAGAAGACCAGCCCCUCCCUCAGCAGCGCAGAGGACUCGGGGGUGGAGGAGGGGCAGGGCAGCCCCUCAGAAGCAGCCCACCCCUCAGAAUUCAGAGUGGACAACAAUCACCUGUUGCUGCUGAUGAUCCACGUUUUCCGGGAGAACGAAGAGCAGCUGCUCCGGAUGAUCCGCAUGAGCACCGGGCACAUGGAGGGCAACUUGCAGCUGGUCUUUGUGCUGCUGACGGACUGCUGCCUCUACCUCCUCCGCAAAGGGGCAGCUGAGAAGCCCUACAUGGUGGAGGAAGCCCUCUCCUACAACGAGCUGGAUUACGUCUCGGUGGGCCUGGAUCAGCAGACAGUGACGUUGGUCUGCACCAACCGCCGGAAGCAGUUCCUGCUGGAUUCAGCAGAUGCCACCCUGACUGAGUUUUUCCUGAUGUCUUUGAGGUCAGCUAUGAUCAAAGGGUGCCGAGAGCCGCCAUACCCCAGCAUUCUGACCGACGCCACCAUGGAGAAGCUGGCGCUGGCCAAGUUUGUAGCCCAGGAGUCCAAGCAGGAGGCCUCCGAGGUGACGGUGCGAUUCUAUGGCCUUGUCCAUUGGGAAGACCCCAUGGAGGAGACGCUGGGCCCUGCCCCACCGCACUGCCCGGGGGCUCACAACUGUGUCACCAAGGAGGGCGUUCUGAACUACAAGGCAGGCUCCAACUACCUGGGCAAGGAGCUCUGGAAGCCCUGCUUUGUGGUGCUCAGCAAUGGCAUCCUGUACCAGUAUCCAGACCGCACAGAUGUCACCCCUCUGCUCUCUGUGAACAUGGGUGGGGAGCAAUGCGGCGGAUGCCGGAGAUCGAACACGACCGACCGCCUCCACUCCUUCCAGGUGAUCCUGACCGACCGCCCCUCCCUGGAGCUGAGUGCCGAAAACGAGGAGGAGAUGGCUGACUGGAUGCAGUACCUGUGCCAGGCGGUCUCCAAAGGGGUCAUCCCCCCCGGCGUGGCCCCCACCCCCUGCGUGGCCUGCUGCCUGGUGCUGACGGAGCAGAAGGUGUUCACGUGCCACGAGGACUGCCAGACCAGCUUCUUCCGCUCUCUGGCCACGGCCGAGCUGGCAGACGUGGCCUCGGUGUUGGUGGAGGCUGGCCAUGGGGAGUACUGCAUCCUGGAGUUUGCCCAGGAUCGCCAGCAGUUCCUGCCCCCCUGGGUCCUGUACUUCAGCUGCCCAGCAGAACUGGAGCGCUUCCUGUCAGCCCUGGACGCCGUCUGGAGAAGCGCCUACCAGGUUGACCUUUGGCACAAGACCAUCGAGGACGGCUGCCUGCGGAAGAAGUGCGAGGACGCUCUGGGCCUGAUCCGCAGCACGUGGCAGCGCAGCGACAGCCUGUGCCGUGGCCGGGCCUCCCGGGACCCUUGGUGCUGAGCUUCCGGCCCCCCGAGAGGGACGCUGUUCUAGGGGAGGGGAA